UACACACACACACACACACACACACACACACACACACACACACACACACAGGGGUACACGCACACACACACACACACACACACACACACACACACACACACACACACUUCAGAAGAGCCGAGUUGUGCAGCUCAAUGUGCAGCGCAUGGACGGGACCUCCACACGCAUGUUUUGCAGCAGGAAGGAAGGCCGGUGUGUUUGUCCCGCGUGUCGGGCGGGGCUGGUGUCGCUCCUCUCACAGUAUAAAUGCGCCCGCCUGUCUGCUGGUAUGCCGCGCCGAGGCUGUGUGAUCUCCAGCGCCACUGCAGCCCCGUUACCCGGAGCAAGGACUGGAAACUCUCUGAGAGUCCCACACAAGUCGACAAAGCAUCUCCGUUUACAAAAAAUAAAAAGAAAAGUCAUGGAAAACAGUUCAGAGCUUUUCCCGACGGUCUCGUCAGGAAACACGUCCGACCCGAACGGAACGCAGGACUACGAGGACUACGAGGACGAGCACGCGGACCUGCGCGCCUCGCUGAACGUCAUGUCCAUGGUCGUGUACUCCGUCGCCUUCCUCCUGGGCACCACGGGCAACGGCCUGGUCAUCUGGAUCACCGGCUUCAAGAUGAAGAAGACCGUCAACACCGUGUGGUUCCUCAACCUGGCCGUCGCCGACUUCGUCUUCACUGCCUUCCUGCCCCUCAGCAUCACCUACACCGCCCUGGGUUUCCACUGGCCGUUCGGGAGGUUCCUGUGCAAGCUCAACAGCACCGUGGCGUUCCUCAACAUGUUCGCCAGCGUCUACAUCCUGGCGGUCAUUAGCUUGGACCGCUGCGUGGCCGUGGUCCGCCCCGUGUGGGCGCAGAACCACCGCACCCCCAGGCUGGCCUCGCUCGUCAGCCUGGGGGCCUGGCUCCUGGCGCUGCUGCUGAGCGCCCCUUAUUUCGUCUUCAGGGACACGGCCCCCGCGUAUCACGACGAGACCGUGGUCAACUGCUUCAACAACUUUGCCUUCUCAGACGACUACCAGACUCCGGCCGUGGUGCAGCUGCGGGUGGCGAGGCACCAGGCCAUGGUCCUGGCCCGCUUCCUGCUGGGCUUCGUCUUGCCCUUCGCUGUCAUCGUGUCCUGCUACGCCGUGAUCGCGGCGCGGCUGCGGAGGAACCGGCUGACCCGCUCCAGCAAGCCCUUCAAGGUCAUCGCCGUGGUGAUCGUCGCCUUCUUCCUCUGCUGGGCCCCCUACCAUGCCUUCUCGCUGGUGGAGAUGGUCAAUCACGUGACUGGGCAGCGCAGCGCCACCCUGGGUCACCUGACCGCCGUCGGCAUCCCCAUAGCCAGCAGCCUGGCUUACCUGAACAGCUGCCUGAACCCGGUACUCUACGUCUUCAUGGGCCAGGACUUCAAGGAGAAGGUGAAGAAGUCCAUCCUGGCCGUGCUGGAGAACGCCUUCAGCGAGGACUCCGGCCAAACUGCGCUCGGCAGCAACAGCAGGAGCAAAUCAAAAUCCACCUCGGAGGCGGAGGUCUGACGCGGGCGACGCAUUGCACGCCCCCCCCCCGAGGAAGAGCCAAGCGGCUUCAGCCAGCGCGGAACAAGUUCCAUUAACGCUGGGCACUCCCUCCAGCGUGCUGCUGCAGAGUUCUCUCAAACGUGCAGCGCGUCGAACGGAGACCCGCGCCACAACGGAUAACGGCGUGUAUGAAAACCCAUGCUAGUUUCACUCGUAAAAACGAUGUUUCUUUCAAUGCUCCCCGUUCGAGAGAGCGCCGUGUAGCCAAUGGAAGGAAGGACAGGCAGAAGCUAGGAAACUCGGACCAGCACAGAUUCACCUCAUGCUAAUUCACUCACAUUUUAUGGUUAAGUUACAGAAAUAUAUAUAUAGCUUUGGGGGCAUCCGUAUAAGGCUCUCAUGCAUUUGCUUGCUAGUCUUCCAUAUAGAUAGAUAGAUAGAUAGAUAGAUAGAUAGAUAGAUAGAUAGAUAGAUAGAUAGAUAGAUAGAUAGAUAGAAAGGGUGAAGUAAUAUAACAGAUUAGGCAUUUUAAAACUAAGCUAUUAUAUUUAGCUUUGACAUUUUUCUUGUAUUUUUUUUUAACUGUGUUUCCUGCCAUUGUUUUGCAUGAUGAGUUCUUAGUAAGAUAUUAUUUUGCUCUUAUCUGCCCCCUAUUUUACUGCAUUUAAUCCUGUACUUCAGAAUACUGUAAUCUGCCAAGUGUUUAACCUGUAGUACUUUGUAUUUAAUCACAUCCUAAUGUAACUAUCACUAUUAUCUGCUGUAUUAUUGAAUUUUGGUUUGUCACACUUGUACUUUGCUUGAACAAAAGUUAUUGUAUUUCUUGCUCUUAUCGUAUUACUUGUAUUGUAACACUUGAAAUGUAUUUGAUUGUAAGUCGCCCUGGAUAAGGGCGUCUGCUAAGAAAUAAAUAAUAAUAAUAAUAAUAAUAAUAAUAAUAAUAAUAAUAAUAAUAAUAAUAAAAUCUUCACAAGACAAAGGGCUCUGCUGUGAUUCUUUUUAGUAUUAUUAUUAUUAUUAUUAUUAUUAUUAUUAUUAUUAUUAUUAUUAUUAUUAUUUAUUUUAAC